GCUAGUGUCUCUCCCUCUCUCUCUCUGAGCGUGUGUGUGUAUGUGUCUCACUACAUACCUGAAACCCCUGAUCACUAAACAACUAAACUGACAACAGUGUACAAACCCUGGAAAUCUAAUAAAGGCCGUUGCAUGCGGGGAAUCUCCAGCAUGGAGUCCGCAUUGAAAUCGGCAGCUUUGCUGCUCGCACUUGGUUGCUGCUGCAAUGCUCAAUUCAUAAAGUCGAUCUCACCAAAACUUGGAAGCAGAGCUGGAGCAACAAGACUCACCAUUUCAGGAAGUGGUUUUGCACAGGAACAACAGUUCCAGCUGAAUCCACAGGACGACACAUUUGGAAACUUUGUGACCCUAGUGUCGGGCACCCUGUCUGUGCCCUGUGACGUGGAGAGAGACUCGACACACAGCACACAGAUCAUGUGCUACACCAGGCCGAUGCCAUAUGAACGAUAUUAUGUCUAUGUCAGUGUGAAUGGAGUUCCCAUUCCUGACAGCAGCAGGUGUCCUGGCAGAUGGCAGUCAUACCACUGCAGCAUCAGAACUGUCUGGUAUCGCACCCCGACUAUCAAAACUAUGACACCAACUACUGGUUUCCCAGGCUCGCUGAUCAGCAUUAGGGGACAGACCUUCACAGACGUGUAUGGAAGCAACGAAGUCGCAAGCACAAAUGGCCUCAAUGUCAGAAUUGUCAGAUCCUACAUGGGCGGUAUGCCCUGUGAGCUGCUUAAACCUGACUCAGAUGACCUAUACAACCUAAGCCUGGAUGGAGAUAAGUCGUGGUGGGGAAAGAUGAGCUGCAAAAUGACGGGAACAUAUGUUGGGCAUCACAACCUGUCUUACAUUCUGGAUUCUAGCUUUGGAAGGUCUGAUACCGAAAUGGAUCUGUACAGGGUUUCAUCGUUGUACAAGCUUUCCAUGUUCCAGACUUAUGCAGAGGUGAAAGGAGUCUCUCCAUCCUCGGGUAGUGUCCUGGGUGGAACCCUGCUGACCAUCCAAGGCCGCUUUUUCGACGAAACUGACCAACCAGCACGUGUUCUCGUCGGAGGCCUGCCGUGUGAAAUCCAGAGUUUGUCUGACGACAUGAUUACGUGCAGGACUGCCGAGCAUCGUAUGAACAACAAAACGAGCAUCUACCCAGGUAGCAGAGGUUUGAAGAUGGAUGGGUGGAAUAACACAAGACCCCGUUACUUGACUGACCUCUGGAACUACAAUGAGAACUCAACGGGAUAUUGGUCGCAGUGGAUUGACUCCAUGCGCCACACCUUUCCUGAUGAACAAGACAAUUUCUGCACCCGAACCAGAGGCUUCCUAGUCCCACCGUCCACUGGCAACUUCAGGAUCUACCUUAACUGCGAUGAUCGAUGUGAGCUCUACCUCAGCAACUCCACCCAGCCAGAGCACAAAGUUAAAAUAGCAUACCAGCCAUAUUAUGUCAAUGGUCACCAAAUGAGUUCACAGAAAUCAGAAUUCAUGGCUCUAGAGAAAGGAAAACCGUACUACAUUGAAAUGCUGCACCAAGAGGGUGGCGGGGUUGGAAGUAUCAACAUUGCCUUGUUCAGCAAAGAUGGUACUUACACAGAAGCCCAGACAAAAGAUGCUGUGAACGAGGUUCAGAGUAUCGAGGCUGAAUAUGACGUGUUUGAUGAGGAGCAGAAUGUGACCUUUGGCUCGUGGCCCACCGGUGUCCCCAGUGUCAAAGAAGUUCAAAAAGUGACUGUUAGCAGCAGCUGCGCUAGCUACCUGUGUGGAAGCACCUUCUUCAUUCUGGGCUAUGGACAAGCCAUGACAGCACCACUCCCAGUCAGUGCCUCAGCAGAUGUAGUGGAAUUCGCUUUGAACAACCUCUGGUCCAUCAAACCCGACACAGUUGAAGUCUCUAAACAGGACGACAGCGACGGAUCUCACUUCACAGUCACAUUCAAUUCUGACAGAGGUGAUUUCGGUCCACUUCACUCUGAGGUGUUUGGAUCUGACACUAACGUCACUGUUGUUGAAGUUACCAAGGGAAUAAGCAACAUGGAGUCCUUCACUCUGCUGUGGGAGGGAAUCCCGACAAAGCCCAUCGCCUUCAAUGCAACUGAGGCCGAGGUGAAGUCAGCUCUGGACAACAUGAUGUCAGCUGAGUGUCCUCCUGAGAUCCUGACCACCGAAGGCACCAAUGUGAAAUAUUUCAAAGAUAUUGAAGACGGCGACCCUGACUUUGACAAGGAACAGGAAGGGACUCCUGUCAAAUACACUGCCUUCUGUGGUCAGUGGUCACUGAAGAAUGCUCAGAUCCUUUUCAAGGACACGUACACAAAAGCAUCUGGAGGCAAAUAUGGAUCGGUUUCACUGGACCAACACAACAUGCUUUGUUUUGCCUACAAGGGGAAAUUAAAAAAUGAAGUGGGAAUGAAAUUCACUUACACUGACAGCAGUGGCAAGAGCAGCACAGUGACUGCAAAGAUUAUCACAGUCUUCAAUCAGGAAGAAAAAUGGAGUUACAAAUGCAUGGACAUGAAGAGCUCUUUGCAGACACUAUACACUGGAACCAAAUACAAGCUGCUGGAAUUUUACCUCUACAAAGACGUCUCUGGAGAAGACUUCUUCGUGGAUGCCAUUCACAUUGGAAAUGCGGCCACCACAUAUGAUGAAAAUGCCCUUCCCCUCAGGAGGAGGCCCCCGCCUUUUGAGCUUGAUGGUAAGGCCUUCCAGGAGAUCUCUGUUGAAAAAGGCCUUUCCGACAUAAGCUACAAGAUUAAAGCCAUACCAGUAGAUUGUGCCUUCGGGUUCCCCAUGUUCGAAGUUGGCUUCAUGCAGGUGACAAACAGCGGUCAGGAAAUGGUCGAGUACAAGAACGCCACCGUCACCGUCACUCGCCCUCACAGAGCCUCUCCCGCUCUGACCGGAACCUUUGACGUGGAGAUUUAUGGAGGCCGAGCUGAAGGUCUGUCAGUGGACAUCAGCGAGACAGACCUGAAAUACGCUCUGGAGGGAAUCGCAGGGAUGGGACAACUCAAAGUCCAAUGGCAGGGAACCUGCAGAAAACCCAAGUGGAGGGUUGAGUGGCUCACAAAUCCCGGAGACCACCCUCUGUUCCAGAUUGACAGCACAUCCAUUGUUGGCAGCAAUGGAGUUGUUUUUGCCAAAGAAAAGAAACAGGGUGGAACGUUUAUACGCAGCCUGACGGGCGAUUUCUUCCGUGUCUGGGAAACUAAACCACAGGCGGAGGUUGUCAUCAAUGGCCUUCCCUCCAAGUGUACGGGUGACUGUAGCUUUGUGUGGUCUGAUGAGCAGACACCGGUUGUGACUGGAAUCAGCCCGUCUCAAGGAUCGAGUGGCCUCGGGACGCUGCUCACUGUCACUGGAACUGGCUUCAGCAGCGAAAAUGCCAGCGUCAUGGUGGGAAUGGCCCCGUGCCAGGUUGAAUCAUUCACAGCGACCACUCAGGUGUGCAGGCUGGGCCCAGCCAGUGCCGGCAUCGUCCCUGUGUCAGUGAACUUCCCCUCUCUGGGUUACGCACGCUACAUGGACGAUAACAUCCUCAACUUCACCUACCAGCUCAUCGUUUCCUCAUUCUCGCCGUUGUCUGGAAGCUUGGCGGGCGGAACGCUGCUGACGGUGGAAGGUUUCGGCUUCAACCAGAAUGCCACGGUUACCGUUGAUGGCGAGGAGUGCACAGUGGUCGACGCCACUGACACGGAGAUAAAAUGCAGAACGCCAGCGAGUGCUGCGGGAUCCAAGAUGGUGACAGUGAUGAUGGGAAGCAUGAGUCAAACACCCAGUGCCGUCUUCACUUACGACAUGGCGCUCACAUCCCAGGUCUCAAAUCUGAGUCCUCAAACCACCACAGUGUUCGGUGAACGCAUUCUGACCGUGCAGGGAUCAAACCUGGGAGUCGACGCCAAUGACACCGUGGUAUUUGUCGGCAGAGAGGAGUGCGAAAUAGUGCAGUGGACGUCAACAGUCAUCACCUGUCAUCUGCCCGUGCUGCCCCCGGGUCUGCACAAGGUGGAAGUACAGGUUGGAAAUAAUGGCUACACCAAGAUGAGCGAUGGCCUGAAUGCCAGUAUUGAAUACGUCCUGGAGGUCCACAGCAUCUCUCCACUGGUUGGUUCCUUAAUGGGAAAAACCAGAUUGACUAUUUCUGGCUCUGGUUUCAGCAACGACACAAUGGACAACAAAGUCUCUGUUGGGGACACCGAGUGUGAAGUGGACACGUCCUCGGCCAAUGAGCUGCAGUGUGUCCUGCAGUCAGGGGAGAAGAGCCACACCGUCACCAACCAGGGGACGCACAUCACUUAUGGACCAGGAUUUGCAUGGAGUCCUGUCUCGCUCACAGUGUUUGUUGGAGACACGGUAAAGUGGACGUGGGAGGCUCCGGCCUUCCAGAACGUCAAUUACCGGGUCUUCUCUGUUUCCAACCCGAGUGGCGUCACGUACGAAGGAGGCCCAUUCACCAGUGGAACUAUGGGAACAAGCGAAGGGGUUUUCAGCUACCGCUUCACCGCCCCGGGCGCCUACUACUACAGCAGUGGCUACGUAGACAGCAACAACGCCAAGUCGCUGCAGGGAGUCGUGAAGGUUGAAGCGCAGGAAGCGACAAGCGGCGCUCUGUCCGUCAGCGUGGGAGGAGUAGAAGCCAGACAACGCAUGGGAGGUUCACCUCGUACUGUCAGGGAAGCUCCAGGGUGCGUCGUGACCCCGGAGUGUCCGUCCAACACAACUUCAGGUGGUCUUUCUUUCACCACCUCUUCCUGCGCCACCCCGACAGUUCACUCCAUCUCUCCCAACCAGGGAUCAUAUCACCAGGUCAUCCACAUCCAGGGCAGCGGCCUCAGCGACACUGCUUGUGCUGUGGAGGUGACUGUUGGUGAUCAGACCUGUCAGGUGAUCAACAGCUCUUUGACUGCGAUCUACUGCCGCCUCGGUGCCGACAGUGAACUUCCCGUGGGUCUUGCUCACCCUGUAGCCGUCAAAAUCAACAACCUGGGCAGCGCCAUUAUCGCCGUGGCAAACGAGCUCGAACGCCGCUUUGUUGUUCUGCCCGUCAUCGACUCAGUCUCGCCCCAGAUUGGCAGCACCACGGGCCACACCAGGCUCUCCAUCCACGGCUCCGGCUUCUCUGAAACACAGGUGACGGUAGCGAGCGUGUCCUGUGCCCUCCUGUCUGUCAGCUACACCAGCAUCGUUUGCGACACUGCUCCCUCCACGCCGCACAGCGGCGACGUCAUCUUCCACAAGGGCCAGAUCCGAAGCUCCUGUAACUCCAUCUGCUCCUUCGAGUACUCGUCCUCCGUCACUCCCACCAUCACCAACAUUUCCCCAGACAGCAUCAAUGAUGCCACGACUGUGACCAUCUCUGGCACAGGCUUCAGCAGCAGUGUGGAAGACAUGGCAGUUUUUGCCAGCAGCACCGAGCUGGAAGUUACUGCCUCCACCAACGACACCAUUUCCGUCCAAGUAACCGCUCUGCCUGCAGGUGACCACCCGGUCACGGUGAUCAUAAGAAGCAAAGGCCUUGCGUCCGGUGACCUCACCUUGACCAGCACUCCCCAAGCCGCCCUGACCCCCAGCGUGGGCAGCCUGGCAGGAGGAACCCCGCUCGUCAUCACAGGAAACGGCUUCGCUCCAGGAAACACCAGCGUUAUGGUUGGCGGCAAAGAAUGUGAGAUUAAGAAUAUGACGGCGGCUCUUCUUCACUGUCAUACGCCGCCGAACAGUGAGGGACAGGCGGCGGUCAACAUCCAGGUAUUCUCUGUGGCGUAUCCUGCUCUCUACUUCAACUACUCUGCAGAGCACACUCCCAUCAUCAGCUCCAUCAGUCCCACCACAGGUCCGAGCAGUUCACUGAUCACAGUGACGGGUUCAGGAUUUGGCACCGACUCGCUGCUCGUGUCCGUCUCCAUAAACGACGUACCCUGCCUGGUGUCGUCCACACUCUCUGACACACAGCUCCAGUGCACGGCAGGAGAAAACCCGGGCGGGACCUACGGCGUCAUGCUGCACCACCACGUCAAAGGUUACGCCCAGUCGAGCGCCAUGUUCACGUACGAGCUGACACUCAGCAGCGUGCUUCCCAACGAGGGCAGCUUCGGCGGUGGAGCUCGUCUCGCCGUCCAGGGCUCCGGCUUCGACCCGCAAACGUCUGCCGUGACCGUCUGCGACGAGGAGUGUGACGUCGACAGGGAGGCGUCGACGACGACUCACCUGUACUGCAUGUCUCCGCGCAGCAACAACACUCAGGCACUGCUGAGCUGCACGGUCGCCGUCAUCAACCAGCUGAAUGCCGUCAACAUAUCAAGUGGCUUCACCUACAAAUCUCUGCUGACUCCAGUCAUCACUGAGGUGUCGCCUCGCAGAGGAGGCACCGCUGGAGGCACACGACUCACCAUCACCGGCUCGGGUUUCAGCACAAAUGUGAAUGACGUGGAUGUGACCAUCGCAGGCUCCGUGUGUGACGUCGAGUCCUCCAACAACACGCACAUCGUCUGCGUGACCAACGCUCACAGGCCGUCAGAGGAAGCUAAAGUCAGGGUCAGCAUCGGAGACAAAGGCAUCGCCAAGAUGGACGAUGCAAAUUUCUUCUUCGUUGACGUGUGGUCGUCCAGGUUCACGUGGGGCGGCCUGUCUCCACCUGAGAAGGGCUCGUUCGCCGUCAUCACCAAAGGCCAGACCAUCCUUCUGGACACAAACACGCCUGUGCUGAAAAUGCUUCUCAUUAAAGGAGGGACAUUGAUUUUCGAUGAAGCCGACAUCGAGCUUCAGGCAGAAAACAUCCUGAUCACAGAUGGGGGGCGGCUCCAGAUCGGCCAGGAGGGGGCGCCUUUCCAGCACAAGGCCAUCAUCACGCUCCACGGACACCUGCGCUCACCUGAAAUUCCUGUGUACGGAGCCAAGACGCUGGGUGUCAGAGAGGGAGUCCUGGACCUCCAUGGUAUUCCUAUUCCCGUCACUUGGACCCACCUGGCCCAGACUGCGGCCAAAGGCUCCAGCUCAAUAACCCUGAUGAAGGGGGUGACCUGGAAAACCGGAGAUGAGAUUGUCAUCGCGUCAACGGGCGACAGGCACAGUCAGCGAGAGAAUGAGAAGAAGAGGAUUGUCUCUGUGUCCUCUGACGGGACGACUCUUACACUGGACGAGCCCCUGGAGUACGACCAUCUCGGGGUGACGGUCACUCUGCCGGACGGGACGCUGUUUGAGGGCCGAGCUGAGGUCGGUGUCCUGACCAGGAACAUCUUGGUUCGCGGCUCCCAAAACAUGGAGUGGAACGACGUGAUAGAAGCAUGCCCUGAUGGUUUCAACACAGGUGAAUUUGCCACCCAAACCUGUUUCCAAGGACGGUUUGGAGAGGAGGUGGGCAGUGAUCAGUUCGGAGCCGCCAUCAUGAUGCACGCUCCCAGGCAUAGUGAGAAUCUCGCGAUUGCCAGACUGGAAUAUAUCGAGGUCUUCCAUGCAGGACAGGCCUUCAGGCUGGGACGUUACCCCAUACACUGGCACUUGAUGGGAGACGUGGACUACAAGUCGUACGUGAGGGGUUGUGGAAUCCAUCAGACGUUCAACAGGGCCGUUACCAUCCACAACACUCACAAUCUACUGGUGGAGCACAACGUCAUCUACGACAUCAUGGGAGGGGCCUUCUUCAUCGAGGACGGCAUUGAGACAGGGAACAUCCUGCAGUAUAACCUGGCCGUGUUUGUCAAGCAAAGCACCAGCUUGCUGAACGAUGACGUUACUCCCGCCGCCUACUGGGUCACCAAUCCCAACAACAUCAUUCGCCACAACGCCGCUGCAGGGGGCACCCACUUUGGUUUCUGGUACCGCAUGCACGAGCACCCUGACGGCCCGUCCUACGAUAAAGAUAUCUGUCAAAAGAAGGUUCCCCUCGGCCAGUUUACCAACAACACUGUGCACUCUCAGGGUUGGUUUGGCCUCUGGAUCUUCAUCAACUACUACCCAAUGCAGGGUGGAGGCUGCGGCUCCUCAACCCCUCAACCUGCUGUCUUCGAUUCCCUCACCACCUGGAACUGUGAAAAGGGUGCAGAGUGGGUGGAUGUUGGCGCCCUGCAGUUCAACAGGUUUAUCAUGGUCAACAAUGAGAAAGCUGGUAUUGAAUCCAAGCGCAUCGUGUCAUGGGCUGUAGCUGGGUUUGGAGAGGACGGAGGGGCGACAGUGUCCAACAGCACCAUUGUGGGCCACGUGGAUGAGCUUCAACUGGGAAGCUCCUUCUGCACAACUAAAGGUAUCAUCCUGCCCUUUGAUGACGGCAUGAGUGUCAUCAACACCAAGUUCCUCAACUUUGAUCGCAGCUCCUGUGCAGCCAUUGCGGUCACGACAAUCGACGGAACCUGCUUGGAAAACUGUGGUGGCUGGGCUGUCCAGUUUAGUGGCAUCCAGUAUUUCAACUCACCAAACAAGGCCGCCUUCAGGUGGGAGCACGAGGUUCAGUUGGUGGACUUGGAUGGCUCCCUCACAGGAAAUGUGAACCACAAAGUUGUGCCCAUGAGCGACCUGCUGGACCCGGCUCACUGCACCCAGAGUGCUGAGUGGAGUAAGGGUUUCCCUGGCGCCCUGUGUGAUCACACAGUCGACUUCCAUCGCCUGUCUUUCAAUGAGCCCUCUCCAGUCUCUCUGGCGGGCAAGAACGCCAUCUUCAUAAACUCACACGGGACCAGUGUCGUGCCCUACUUGAAGAAGAGAAUGACCCACAAGCUUGGCUGGAUGGCUCUGUUGCCCUCCCAGCAGACGUACAACUGGUUCUUUGAGAAUAUGGACCAAAUCACCAACAUCACGUACAAAGCUAAAUUCUACGGCUUCAAGAGCGAUCAAUACGUCAUCAUCAACCACAAUUUCACCCAGAGUCCAGACAGUUUCUAUAUAACCGAUAGGAGGAACGGUUCAACGACACCGCUGACCUACAGCGGUAACAAUAACGGGGACUGGUACUUCGAUGAAAACUCCAACAACCUCUACUACCUCGUGUCUGGGAAGACAAGCAUGCGGAGGCGCCGUAACAGCGUUGACCGCUCCAGGAGUGACACCAAGGUGGACUUUGCUGUCUACCGUUGCUUCUACCUCGACUGCAUUACACCGACUGAGCCCCCUCCAGUCACACUGCCCCCCUUACCAAACACACGGCCAGACGACUUCAUUGUUUGGUCUGAUGCAUCUUUCUGGGAAACUUCAGCUGAAAAUAAUUUCACAGCACCAACAGAUGGCGCCGAUGUGGUCAUCCCAUCAGGAACCUGGGUGGUUUUGGAGGGAAACACUCCAGCGCUCAACAAGCUGACGAUCAUCGGAGUUCUGGAGAUCCCCGACACCAACAUCUCAUCCAGCAGAGUGGCUCGCUCUGUGUCCGACUACAACUCUGUGGUGAUCAACGCUGUCUACAUCUCCAUCCAGGGUGGACGGGUGAUUGCUGGUGAGGCUGACACUCCGUUCAGAGGUCAGCUUGAAAUCAGACUGAGGGGGAACCACUCCACUCCAGACUGGCCUCUGCCAAACGGACCCAACCAGGGAUCCAAAGUCCUGGGUGUAUUCGGUACACUGGAGCUGUACGGACAACCCCACAGCGUUUACCACACCAAACUGGGCGCCACCGCCACUGCUGGAUCCACCACGCUGACACUGUCGCAGUCCGUCAACUGGCAGGCCGGAGAUGAGAUCGCCGUCUCCACUACCAGCUACAACACGUUUGAGACAGAGAAACGUCAGAUCAGCGCCGUCUCCGACGACGGCCUCACGCUGACCCUGGACUCACCUCUGACCCACGCUCACAUCGGUGAGACUUACAGCGUCUCAGGAACGUCUCGCUCCUACACUCUGGCCGCUGACGUCGCUCUCCUGACCAGAAACAUCAAGGUCAUUGGUGAGGGCUACACAGGAAUGACAGCGGAGUCUUUUGGAGCCAGGCUCUUGGUUGGCGCCUACUCCUGGCAGGGAGUGGAUUACACAGGCAAAGCUCAGAUCAGGAAUGUGGAGUUCUUCCAAUCUGGUCAGGAAGGCUGGACUGACUCAUAUGACCCCCGCUACUCUGUGGCUUUCCUUAACCUGGGCACGGUUUCGUCCGACGACACGUACAUCCAGGGCUGCGCUUUCCACGAUGGCUACGCUCCAGCCAUCGGAGUCUUUGGAACGGACGAGAUGAAUGUCGACGACAACGUCGUCCACCGCACUGUGGGAGAAGGAAUCAGAAUCUGGGGUGACAAGAUAAAAGUCAGGAGGAACCUGGUGAUGAUGUCACAGUGGCCCGGAUCGUACCAAGGCAGAGAGGAGCCUUUUAACUAUGAGUGGUCCGCUGCCAUCGAGGUCAACCAUGGCACAAACGUUGUGCUGCAGCACAAUAUUGUUGCAGGUUUUGAGAGAGUGGCGUAUCGCAUCAAUGGUGAACCCUGCCCAGGUUCUGUGAAUGACAAUGAGAACUGGAUGGAAAACGAGGCUCACGCCGGUCUGUUUGGGAUAUUUAUGAAUAAGGACGGUUUGCCCGGCUGCAGCCUCAUCAGAGGCUUCUUCAUCUGGAGGAGCUUUGACUACGGCGUCUACAUCCAGAGCCCCUCGAGCAUCGUUAUCGACAGCAUGACCCUGGUGGACAAUGGGAUGAGCAUCUUCCCGAUCAUCUACGGUCCUCCUUCUCUCACACACAUGUUCGCCGAUAAAUCAGUAGAAAUCCAGAAUUCCUUGGUUGUUGGCAGCAGCCCGAACUUCGACUGUUCAGACACUCUGUCCACCAGUGACUACAAUGUUUUCAUUAGUGGUGAACACCGUGCUCCCAGACCACCCAAUGGAGGCAGAUCUGGAAUCUGUUGGCCAACAUUUGAAUCUUCACACAACGCUGGUCCACGUAUGCCGUAUCCCGGCCUAACCUCCUACAAUGCCAUUAAAGGAAUAAUGACAGUCAAGGACACAAUGUUCGUCGGUUUCAAGAAUGUCUGCUCCAGUGAGACGAACUUCAUGUUUAUGACCAACCCGUCGAACGAGGACCUGCAGCAUCCAGUGCAAGUUUCAGGCAUACAAAUGUUUGACAGCACAGAGGGCGCUCAACUCUUCAUCCACAGGCCUGAUGUUGGUAAAGCGAACCCGUCUGACUGCGUGGACAUGGACUGUGAUGCCAAGAAGAAGACCAUGCUGAAGGACUUGGACGGCUCGUUCCUGGGCGCAGUGGGAUCCGUGGUGCCGCAGUCCGAGUAUGAGUGGGGCGGCGAUCCCAGAAGGGGACUGGGUGACUACCGUAUCCCCAGUGUCAUGCUCACGUUCCCCAACGGCAGCCGCAUCCCUGUGAACCAGGUCACUCAGCACAGAGGUGUUAUCAGGGACGACUGUACAUACAUGUACACCUGGCAGAGCUACAAGUGCUUUGGGCUGAAUUACAGACUGCUGGCGAUUGAGAGUCUUGACGCUGAUACAGAGCUCCGGCGUCUUUCUCCCGUUGCCUUGCUUGGAAAUGGCUAUUUGGAUCUCAUCAACGGCCCUCAGGAUCACGGGUGGUGCUCUGGCUACACCUGCCAGAAGAGAUUGUCCCUCUUCCACGGCAUCGUGGCCACUGGUCACUCUUUCGACGUUUACUUCUCCAGCGUCAGCCCUCAGAAACUUCGCCUCAUGAUGCUCAACGCUGACCCGUCUGAGAGUGUCUUGGUGUCAGUCUUCUACUCCAAACCUCAGCGGUUGGACGUGUACUUCAACAACAAGCUGGUGGCUCCGACAAACGCCGAGUGGAACGCUGCUGCAACUGACUACACCUUGAAGGAGCCCACCACUGCAGGUCAGUACUUCCCCCAGCUGAACGCCACUGAGGGCACAAACUACUUUGACUCAGUCUACAAGAUGCUCAGAGUCUUGGUCAGGGGCUCCGAACCAGUUGAGAUCCGAACCUCGCCGCUCCUCUUCCUCUCCUUCGAUUUGCCCGCCAUGAGUGAGGAUGAGUUCUUCGGAGACAACUUGAUUCAGAACCUCGCUGUGUUCCUCGGCGUUCCAUCGGAUAUGAUUAGAAUCACGAACAUCGUCCGGGAGGAUGGCGGCGCGCGGCGCAGGAAGAGGUCGACAGGCCUGAAGGUGGAGGUGGUGAUCCAGGCCCCUCCAGUCCAGCAAACCACCAACACCACCAACAAUGAUGAAGAAUUCAAUCUGCUUCAGAAUCUCGCUGAUAAUAUUGGUCAAGCUGCAGUUACGGGAAACCUGAGUCAGGCCAUCGGCUUUAACGUCUCCUCAGUGGGCGUCAUCGCACCCCCUCCUCUUCCGGAUGACCCUGAGUGGAAUGAGGUGGCCACAGAAGAAGUGUCGAGGGAGGAUCCCACUCCGAGCCGCGUGGCCUCUGUGAAUGACCUGCUGCUGAUCCAGGAGCCCGUCACCGGGAAGUACGUGGGUCUUCUGCAGCAGCAGCCCAUUCUGAUGGCUGUGGAUGAGGAGGGAAACUGUGUCUCUGUGGGAGUGACCACUCUGACCGUCACAGCCAGCCUGAAGGACACAGCUGGAAACCCGGUGGACGCUCUCGAAGGAAACACCACUAUCCGGUUCAGCAACUGCUGGGCCAACUUCACCGACCUGUCCAUCAACAACAGCGGUGAGAACAUGACGAUGGUAUUCACUCUGAAGACGUGGGGCGCUCAGUCGCGCAGCUUCAGCGUAAUGAACACUCCGACCACGCUGGCCCCGACAACCAGCGGCAACUUCACUCAGCCUCCGGAGACGACGUCACCCGACGACAUCUUCAGCUCCAGUACGGCGACGACCGCCAGCAGACUGUGUCUGGUCAGUGUCAUCUACGCCGUGGCCUGCUGCUCUGACGGAGACUUCACGUGUAACGUGAUGCCGUGACGACCGCAGCUGCUCCACCAGGGUUUUAAUGAAGUAUAACUUAACACAUUCUCACUUUAACUCUAAGAAGUUUACAAAGACAUAAACAAAUAAACAUGUUAUAUACGUUUUUUUAAGGUUUAGAUAAAAUUAUUGGGAUCAGGCGUCUUGUGCCAAACAAAUAAGUGACAAAUCAUAUGAAAAUAACCAUUUUUUUCCUUUUCUUUAUUUAUUUUAUAGAAAAAUGAAGGCAUUGUUUGUACUUUAUCUUAAAAUAAUUUUUCUCUUUUUAUAAGGGUGGUUCUUUCACAUUUUUUUUAUGUGUGAAUGUUUGUGAACUGCGUCUCUGUAUCAGGUGUGUGAGCAGAUUUUCUACUUUAAAACAGGUGCAAUAGUAAAGGACGAAAUUAAGAUUGAGAAGAAAUGUUUUUCCCUCUAUUCAAUAAAUUCUGUUUUCCGUUAAACACA